AGAGGAAAGGCAUCUUUGAACACAUGGUUCCUCCUUCACUUCUCACAGAGAGGAGAGGAGCAGCUAUGAGUCUAACUGCAGCAGCAAGUGGAUUAGUCGUCUUCCUGCUCUCUGUGUCAGCGGUUCAGGGUCAGGGUGGCUGGGGAGUGAGUUACACUUCUACUGAGAUCUGUGCAGUGAAAGGAUCAACAGUGGAGAUAAACUGCAGCUACACAUACCCAUCUAGAUGGAAAGGUCGUGUUAACACAUUAGAGAAAACAUUCUGGUUCACUAAAAAGAAAGAUGGUGAAUUGUUAGAUCUGACCACAGUCUCAGAGUAUGCAGGUCGUGUAGAGGAUCUCUGUGGAAACAACAUCUGCACUCUGAGAAUCAGAAACCUGACAGAGAGCGACUCAGCUAAGUACUGGUUCAGGUUUGAAACAAACCUAGCUGGAUACUGGGGUAAUCCUGGAACCACUCUGUCUGUUACAGAUCUCCAGGUGCAGGUGAACAGAUCAGGAUCGUCUACUCUCCUUCAGUGUCUCAGCAGAUGUUCACCUGGUCAAACUUCCUACAUCUGGUUUAAGAACGGACAGGAAGUGAAGGAAGACACAUCUUCUUAUGCAGACUUCAGAUAUGAUUCAGCAGACAGUUAUUCCUGUGCUUUGAAGGGAUAUGAGGACUUCCCCUCUCCUUCAGUGUGUGAGUUUACUCAAAGUCUUCCACUAACAUAAUAACAUUAACAUACAGUAUAACAUAUAUCAUCAUUGCACUCAUGUAUCUAUUUACCCACCAGAGGUCACCAGCAGACAUGGCAGUGUCCAAAGACACUGAAC